AUGACUCAGAACUCUACUCUAAAUUUAAAAAGCUCUUUGUCAACUAUGAACGGUGUUCGCAAUGGUGGGAGUCCAGCCAUGCCACAGGGAAGACCUGGCAGACCAUGCGCUGACUGUACGUGUUCGCCGGGUCUAAUGUCGCGUCAAAACAGGAAGUCUUCGUUACUAUUAAGACAGCUUGCAGGGUCCCGCAAAAGACCUUCUUUAAGAUCCUCUACUACCACAGGCUCGAGCAGAGACUCGGUGUAUUCGUCAGACACAAUAUGCCAGUCCAAAAAUAUCAACACUUCGGAACGUUUGCUGCAUUUAAGAAGGAAGAUGGUUGACAAUGAUUUGUGUUGCUACAUCGUUCCAAGUGAGGACGAGCACCAAAGCGAAUAUGUGUCGCUUGCCGACCAGAGAAGGGCUUUUAUUUCGGGAUUCACUGGCUCCGCUGGGGUAGCUUGCAUCUCUCGUGACCUCCUCAACUUCAACAACAAUGACCCAGAGGGACAAUCCAUUCUCAGCACUGAUGGCCGGUAUUUCAAUCAAGCCUCGCAAGAAUUGGAUUUUAACUGGUCUCUCCUCAGACAAGGCGAGGACACGCUGACGUGGUCGGAAUGGUGUGUUCGGUCGGCAGUAGAGAUGUCUGAAGCGCUGGGAGGAAAGGAGGCCAAGAUCGGUAUCGACCCAAAAGUGAUCAGUUACGAUGCAGUGGUGAAAUUCAAAAAACUCAUACGCGAUAAAACACAGGACACCAAUGCUGUAGUAAGCUUGGUACCAGUUCAGAAAAACCUUGUGGACGAGAUUUGGGGAUAUUUUGAGCCCGUCCCUGUUAGGGACUCCAACGACCUAUUGCUGUUGAACGCACAUUACACAAACGAAACUUUCAAGAGCAAAAGACAGCGAGUAUUGGACUACCUGCAUGAAAAAACUCCAAACUGCAAGACGUUUUGCGUCGCCACGUUGGAUGAGAUCUGUUGGCUUUUAAAUUUGAGAGGAUCUGAUAUUCAGUACAACCCCGUUUUUUACUCGUACCUGCUGCUUCGGGGUGAUGAAACCAUCCUUUUCACGGACGACGAAUACGACGAUAAAAUAAAGCAAUAUUUCGAGACUAACCACAUCAUGGUCCAACCUUAUGCUGAGAUAUGGUCUCAAUUGGCAUCGGUCGCAGCCGCAUACUCUAAGACUAAAGAAGCGAUUGCCAUAGCUUCGGGAUCGUCUUGGGAAAUUGUGCGCACCCUAGGUGACACUCAUCACCGAGAGAUUCAGUCUCCUUUGGAGCUUUUCAAGUCUGUCAAGAACGACGUGGAAAUCUCCAACGCGCAUGCUGCUCAAGUGAAAGAUGCAGUGUGUCUGGUUCAAUACUUUGCAUGGUUGGAAGAUCAAUUGGUUGCUAAGGAGGCCUUGAUCGACGAGUACAAGGCUGCCACCAAGCUUUUAGAGAUCAGGAAGACUCAGAGAAAUUUCAUGGGCAAUUCGUUCGAGACUAUAUCUUCGACAGGCGCCAAUGCCGCCAUAAUACAUUACGCCCCACCAGAAGAAAACUCGGCCAUGAUCAACCCAAGCCGCAUCUACUUGUGUGACAGUGGGUCCCAAUUUAUGGAAGGUACCACUGACAUUACCAGAACUGUUCACUUUACCAAACCCUCUGCAGAGGAAAUAGAAAAUUACACGCUGGUACUCAAGGGUAACCUAGCGCUAGAAAGACUUGUUUUCCCAGAAGGCACGUCUGGGUUUAACAUCGAUGUCAUUGCAAGACAAUAUCUGUGGCAGCAGGGUCUAGAUUACAGACAUGGAACUGGACAUGGUGUUGGAUCUUUCCUGAAUGUCCACGAAGGCCCUAUUGGCAUCGGUUUCAGACCACAUCUGCAAAGCUUCCCACUUGAAUCCGGCAACAUCAUUACCAAUGAACCUGGCUUCUACAAAGAUGGCGAGUAUGGUAUUCGCAUAGAAAAUGACAUGUUGGUGGAAAAAGCAGAAGGCCUCAAAUUCGGAGAGCGUCAAUUUUUGAAAUUCAAGAACAUUACACUGGUGCCCUACUGCAGAAAGCUUAUCAACGAAAAGAUGCUGACACCGGAGGAAAAAGCGCAGAUCAACGCAUAUCACAAACUAAUCUGGCACAGUGUCGUUCCAUUCAUUCAGCCCCAGAGCAUAACAUACAAAUGGCUGAAGCGCGAAACCGCACAGUUGUAA